AUGUUGUUGUCAGUGAUUUUAUUGAUAAUUAUCGUAUACGCUCUAACUUAUGCCUACAUAAAGUUAACGAUCGGUAUUUGUAAAUGUAGUACACACUUAGUGGGCAAGGUGGUUAUUGUGACUGGUGCAAACGCCGGCAUCGGUUAUGAAAGUGCUAAAAAUUUCGCAGAAAGAGGUGCGCGUGUGAUUAUUGCAUGCAGAAACGAUAGCCGUGGCAACACCGCUAAGGAUAGUAUUAUUAAAACUACAGGCAACGUCGACGUGCACUACAGACAGUUAGAUUUCGCUUCGUUAUCAUCCGUUAAGCGGUUCGCCGACGAAAUCAUUAAAAAUGAAACGCGCCUCGACGUCCUCGUCAACAACGCUGGCAUCAACGGAUCGUUUAACGUCAAAACCGAAGACGGCUUAUUACUCGGAAUGCAAACCAAUUACUUCGGGCCAUUCUUGUUAACCUGUCUCUUGCUGCCUUUGAUCAAGUCGAGUGCCCCGAGCCGUAUCGUGAAUGUUGCUUCGAUGGCGCACGGACGCGCUUAUCUCGAUUUGGAUAAUCUGAAUAUGGAAAAGGAGACGGAAGAAACAUUUAGCAAGGCCAAGGUUUACGCCGUAUCAAAACUAUGUAAUGUACUCUUCUCUCUUGAACUGAGUAGGCGCCUCAAGGGAACUAAUGUUACCUCGAACAGUCUUCAUCCGGGUGUCGUUGAUACAAAUAUUUUAAACGGAAUCGAAUCUAAGCUACUGCAGGGUCUGAAGCCGCUUAUGAAACCUUUCUUUAAGAAUCAAUGGGAAGGAGCUCAAACAACUAUUUAUCUAUCAGUGUCCCCUGAAGUAAAGGACGUAAGCGGAAAAUACUUCCGAGAUUGUCAAAUGGUAGAUGUGAGCACAGACCAAGCUCGGGACCCCGAACUGGCUCGGAAACUUUGGGAUGUGUCACAGAGACUCCUAAAAUUUAAA